GAUGGGCGAGUGCUCAAGUGCUGUCUGCACGCAAUCUGCUGAUGCACCCUGCCUUCUGAUCAACUUUCUUUCAGCUCAGAGCUGCGACACAUGGCCACGCUGUGGACAAGUCUUACGCUUAUCGGGCUAUGCCGAAUCGACUGCUCCGCAUCGCCUUGGCUGCUGUUCUUUUUUUUUGGUGGAACCUCAGUAGCUUCCGCUAUGUCUGGUGACAUGUUGAGGUUUAUUGGUGGGGGCGUGCCCCAGUGGAUGGGUGGGUGGUUCGUGUUGGGUUGGGUCUAUCUAGAGCUGCCACCGCGGGGACAUGCAUUUACGCACUGUGGCGUUGCGCGCCGUGUGGGGCUCGCACUGAUCCCGGAGGGUCAGGAAUACCCACUAAAACCCCGCUGCUCUUCAGCCAGUCCGCAGGUAGACCCGCUUCGUUUUGGAGGGUGCCGCUCCAGGUGCCCAGUACAAGCUGUUCCGGGAGUGCUUUUUUGCCGUAUCUUUUGGCGUUAGUUAGGAGAAUGUCUUGUCGCUGUUCUUUGUAAAUGGCGUGUUGCUUCCACAUUGUAAGACUUCCUCUCGAGGGAUUGAAUGGAUUGCCUGAUUGGCAGGUUGCCUUGAGGCUCUCAAUUCGGUUGCGCGCGCAUUGCAGGUUCCGCCAGGGUGC